CCGCUGACCGAUGUUGUCUCUGUUCAAACAACAAAGAUGGCGUCGGCGAAACCCGUCCGAAAACUAGAAUUUCAGCCGAAAAAGCCUUUUAUUAUCGGCGUAGCGGGAGGUUCAGCUUCUGGGAAGUCCUCAGUAUGUUCAAAGAUAGUUGAACAGCUUGGCCAAGAAGACAUAGACUCAAAGCAAAGAAGAGUGGCAAUCAUAAGCCAGGAUAGUUUCUACAGAGAGCUAAGUGAAGAAGAACUUACAGAAGCAAAACGUGGUAACUUCAAUUUUGACCACCCAGAUGCUUUUGAUACUGAAAAGACGCAUGCUAUCAUCAAGGCAAUACAAAAUGGAGAAGUGGUGGAUAUUCCUAGUUAUGACUUUGGCAUGGCAACAACAAGUACAUCUCCUGCCUUCAAGAUCUAUCCUAGUACAGAUGUUAUACUUUUUGAGGGAAUAUUAACAUUAUAUUUCAAAGAGAUUAGAGAACUCCUGGAUAUGAAGUUAUUCGUAGAUACUGAUAGUGACACACGGCUUUCAAGAAGAGUGCUUAGAGAUACACAAGAGAGAGGAAGGGAUUUAGACCAAGUACUUGCCUCUUACACCAAUAUUGUCAAGCCUGCAUUUGAGGACUUCUGUCUACCUACCAAGAAAUACGCAGAUGUAAUUAUCCCAAGAGGAGCUGAUAACACAGUUGCAAUAAACCUAAUAGUACAGCAUAUUAAAGACAUUUUGAGUGGCCACAAGAAGAUUAGGGAACCUAUAGAGCCACCCAGCCCUCGACAUCGCACCCGCACCACCUCUGAAUCAAGUAUGGGAACACGCCCACAUUAGGGGUGGCUUCAAAAUAUAAUUCCUACAAAAAAUUUGUUGAGUUCAUAGAGUUGUAAUGCUUUAUACUUGGUCAUUGAUUGGUCUUGUAUCUAGCGUUUCACUAUUACUAAGGCCUGAAACCUUGCAAAGAGGUUUUUCUAGUACUAAAUUUUUAUAUAUAAUUACAGGAUACGUUUUAACAGUGGGAUGAUUCCACACCUGAAUGUAAAGACUUUUUUUACAUAUGACUGGAUUGUAUUAUAGUUCUGGAAGUGAUUAUAUUGUGUUAAAUUAUUAAAUUCCUGUACAUUGGUGUUAAUAAUA